CCACCACGAGAAAGGAGCCGAAACAGGUUUGUUCCUGCGCAGAUGGUGUGAUUGUAGGCACCGGGCGGUCGGCUUGUUGCACGGCUCGCCGGGAGGAGAAAGCCGCGGCUCGCCUUUCUUCUGCUGCCUCCGCUGUUACCAUGAUUCCGGUGUCGCUGGUGGUAGUGGUGGUGGGCGGCUGGACUGCCGUCUACCUGACCGACUUGGUGCUGAAGUCAUCUGUGUAUUUUAAGCACUCUUAUGAAGACUGGCUAGAAAACAAUGGAUUGAGCAUCUCCCCUUUCCACAUAAGAUGGCAAACUGCUGUUUUCAAUCGUGCCUUUUACAGUUGGGGACGGCGGAAAGCAAGGAUGCUUUAUCAAUGGUUCAAUUUUGGAAUGGUGUUUGGCGUAAUUGCCAUGUUUAGCUCUUUUUUUCUCCUGGGGAAAACGCUGAUGCAGACUUUAGCACAAAUGAUGGCUGACUCUUCUGCUUCUUAUUCUUCCUCCUCGUCUUCUUCCUCCUCCUCUUCAUCUUCUUCUUCCUCUUCUUCCUCUUCCUCCUCCUCCUCCUCUUCACUUCACAACGAACAGGUGCUACAAGUUGUGGUUCCUGGUAUAAAUUUACCCGUCAACCAACUGACAUAUUUCUUCGCUGCAGUCCUCAUUAGUGGUGUUGUACAUGAAAUUGGACAUGGGAUAGCAGCUAUUAGGGAACAAGUUCGAUUUAAUGGCUUUGGGAUUUUUCUCUUCAUUAUUUAUCCUGGAGCAUUUGUUGAUCUGUUCACCACUCAUUUGCAACUUAUAUCACCAGUCCAGCAGCUAAGGAUAUUUUGUGCAGGUAUCUGGCAUAAUUUUGUCCUUGCACUCCUGGGUAUUUUAGCGCUUGUCCUCCUCCCUGUGAUUCUCCUCCCCUUUUACUACACUGGAGUUGGGGUGCUUAUCACUGAAGUUGCUGAGGAUUCACCUGCAGUUGGACCCAGAGGCCUUUUUGUGGGAGACCUUGUUACUCAUCUACAGGAUUGUCCUGUUACUAACGUUCAAGAUUGGAAUGAAUGUCUAGAUACCAUUGCCUAUGAACCCCAAAUUGGUUACUGCAUAAGUGCAUCAACUUUACAGCAGUUAAGCUUCCCAGUUAGAGCAUACAAACGGCUAGAUGGUUCAACUGAAUGCUGUAACAAUCAAAGCCUCACAGAUGUGUGCUUCUCCUACAGAAAUAAUUUUAAUAAGCGUUUGCAUACAUGCCUACCUGCCCGGAAAGCAGUUGAAGCCACCCAAGUUUGUAGAACCAAUAAAGAUUGCAAAAAAAGCUCCAGUUCAAGUUUCUGCAUAAUACCUUCUUUGGAAACUCAUACUCGCUUAAUAAAAGUAAAACAUCCACCUCAAAUUGAUAUGUUAUACGUAGGACAUCCAUUGCACCUGCACUACACAGUGAGCAUCACCAGUUUUAUCCCACGUUUUAACUUUCUAAGCAUAGAUCUGCCUGUGGUUGUGGAGACAUUUGUCAAGUACCUAAUUUCUCUCUCAGGAGCUCUGGCUAUUGUCAAUGCAGUGCCCUGCUUUGCUUUGGAUGGACAGUGGAUUUUAAACUCUUUCCUUGAUGCUACCCUGACCUCAGUGAUUGGAGACAAUGAUGUGAAAGAUCUGAUAGGAUUUUUCAUCUUGCUGGGUGGCAGUGUACUUUUGGCUGCCAACGUGACCCUGGGACUCUGGAUGGUUACAGCACGGUAAUAUUCGUGCUCAUCUGACAGAAUCUCCGAGUUACAACAUGCAAUAUCAAAAACCAUAUGGUUUACUUGGUAUGAAAUAUAAAGUAUUCCCUUAAAAUGACAUUUUAGCCAACAACCUGUAAGCUCCUCCUAUAUCCAGAGUAUCCCAACUCUGAUGGAAAUAAACAGAAGAAAUGCAAGGUAUAGUUCUUGACUGCAUUUUAGUUUUAAAGACUGAACUUGCAAUGCUCGUGAACUUACAACUGCAGAUGCUCGUGGAACAAUUUCUAAACAAGUGCAGAUUCUUAUUAAACCAUAUUGUGUGACUACAAAUCAUGUCGCAAUAAUUUAAAGGAGAAUGGAAUGUGGUGGAAUUAAUUGGGGGAAACUUCUUGAAAAAGCAUCAUUAAUCCAGAUUUGAAGGAGACCAGACCUUGGCCAAGUGGUAGGGUGAGCAUUUUCUUGGCCUAUAUCUCUUGCCCUUUGCCUUGUUUGAAAAGUAUUCUAAAACUUAACAGCGUGUUGUGUUGUACUCUUGAUAAUUGAGGUUCGAUUACAGUUAAAGUAACAAAAUUCUAUCAGAAUCUCUGACAGGAAAGGGAAAAUCUUUGUCAAAUGAUACCGAAUAAGGGAACAAAGUCAGAAAUAGAGCCCACAAUAUCUUGAGACAUUUUUAUGCCCCACGAGAGUUACCUCUUUGAGAAUGUGUUUCCCGUUCCCUUGAAGUAGCACUUAGCCUUGACAUUUACAAUGAGCUGCAGGAAGUGUCUCCUACUCGCAGCAUGUGGGCUGAGGCAGUUAGGGUUUAACCUCGGAACUGAGCUAGGUCUUCCAACAGAUCACAAGACGCAUCCCAGGACCUCUGCAAUCCUGGUUACCAUUGUCUACGGAGCUUUGAAGCUUGGAACCCUUCCAGGGUAGAUAUUUUCUCGUGCUGCUGGGGCUAUCUGAGUCCCAGCUCCAGGGUUCCUGUCUUCAAGAAGCAACUACCUUAAGCUCAGCCAUGCUCUGUUCUCACCAGCAGCUCCCCAUGUUACUCUGUGUUGGGUAAUAAAACAUCUACUCCUGGCUUUCCACCUUUCUCCUAAGCUACCUCAGUGGGUCCACAGAAGACUUGGUAGUACAAUGAGAAUGGCUAUAUGUGAGCAUAAAACAUGAAUUGGCCAGAGCCUGGGAACCAACUUUUGUGCCUGAAAAACUCCAUAUAUAAGUCCCAGGGAGAUGCAGCCUAGGAGAUUUGGAAAGUCAGCAGGCCCCUGUAGUCUUAGAAGUGUAUGGGGCAUGCUUUUCUUGGAUGACAAGUGUGUGCUUCUCUCAUACAUUCAAGAACACCAACAGUCAUGCAGCCAACUUCUUCACUAAGUGAAGCCUUCCAUGGGGUUCACCUUUUGCAGAUCACUGAGUUGCUGUUUAGGCACUAAAACUUUUUAAUCAUUUGUAAUUAAUAAACUCUUUUUAGAUUGUAUUACACAUUUGCCUGCCUUCUGAAACAAAUUAUGUUUUGAAUAUGAUUUUAAUUAAUUAAUGCUGAGGUGGUCGGUUAUUACCACUACUAAAACCAUACAGAUUAUUGGUUUAUCGCAGGAAAAGCAUUUGUUCUAUUUGUAGGCACACGGUUGGUCAUUCAGGAUCAAAGCGUAUUAGCAGGAUAGUGUUCAGACCUGCUCAGGUAGAACUUGGGGAAUACCGUGAAAUACUUGCAUAAUGAAUUCAGUUACAUAACUGAGCAGUUCACUAAUGAAAAUGGAUAUGUGCAGGUCAGUUUUUUAAAAACUGAGAAACACUUAGUAGAGAAAAUCCUUCCCAUUAAUUUUCUGGGUGGAAAAUAAAAAAACCCAAACAUCUUUUUUUAGCUCCAUGGGGUCAAGAUUUUGGGAACCAUUCUAUUAGGGUAUCGAGCCUAUCAGCCCCAUUUGUGUAGAAAUGUCCUCAUCAUGUAAGAAAGGAAGGAAAUGUUAUGCGUUAUCUCUUCAGCUUGAUCGUGGGCACUUCUAGAGCAAGGACCAUGUCAUACGCAUCUUCGCAUCCCUGACACAGUGCAUGAGACAUCAGAAAUGCUUAAUAAAUGUGGUUGAAUGGAUGAUGAUUAGUGUUAUUUAUGGAUUAGGAAAGCAUGUAUCUAUUUAAGCUAUAAAAACGAUUAAGUAUUUACUAUAAAUAUAUGUUAACAUAAAAAAAAUAACUCAGAAGGUCUGUGUGUCCCUGGUAUAUUAUCAUCUCUAGGAAAAGAACCCAUUUUGGUUUCUGUUGAGCAAUGAGAAAAAUGGGAAAAGAAAAGAAUUAUCUUGAGAAUUUGAAGAAGGCAUUCUUUCUGUGUUGUCACUUUGUUCAACAAAAUUUUGUUCUCAGUGUUCCUGCUCUGCAUUGUUUACAUUUUUGAGGAUUUUUAAAAGUCACCUACAGUCUAUAAAGAAUGUAUAUAUUCUCUUCAGCAUCUCAGUUUUGAAAGACAUAUAGUUGAACUCGACCUUUUGAUAAUCACUCUUGUAGGUCAUUGUCUGUUCUAACCGUAUGUUGUAAACAUGUGCGUCAUGGGUAUGUGGCUCCCAGUCAUCGGUUUGUCCUAUGGUAUUUAUUGAAUGUCCAUGUACUAAUGGUGCACAGAGAUUUUUUUUCUCUAAAUCUUUUGACUGUUCUGUAAUUCAUUCUUAAGGUUUAACUUGAAAAUACCAGAGUUGCUGGCAUUUGAUGUAUAGCAAUAAAAAAAAUAAAUGAGUACCAGCAUCCUAUGUUUUAUCAUCAUCUAUAUGUUGUCUUUAAAAAAAAUAGUUGUAUUCUCUGUCAGAAUUAUUCCCUUUACAUAAAGCAUGAUCUUAGUUGUUUUUAAAUUCUUGAUUCUAAAAACAGCCUUCACCUGGCUGGUGUAGCUCAGUGUAUUGAGUGCGGGCCUGCGAACCAAAGGAUCACAGUUUGAUUCCCAGUCAGGGCACAUGCCUGGGUUGCAGGCCAGUCCCCAGCAGGGGACGCACGAGAGGCAACCAUACAUUGGGAUUUCUCUCCCUCUCUCCUUCCCUUCCCCUCUAAAGAUAAAUAAAUAAACAUUUUUUAAAAAAGAUAAAAACAGCCUUCAGUUUCCACGCAAGCAGUGCAUAUGUCAGAGUUGUUGCAGGCUGUGGAAAGAAGUCUUAAAUAGAAAUCCUGUGUUCUUGCUCCUGUUUUCAAAAUGACAUGUUUGCGGAUGAAGGGAAGGGCCUAUCAUUUCCUUUUAUUAGUAUCUGACAGAAGUCUUUUAGGUUUUAUUUAUUUAUUUUUAGAGAGGGGGGAAGGGAGGGAGAAAGAGAGGGAGAGAAACAUCAAUGUAUGGUUGCCUCUUGUGUGUCCCCUGCUGGGACCUGGCCUGGAACCCAGGCAUGUGCCUGGACCGGAAAUCAAACUGAUGACCCUUUGGUUUGAAGGCCAGCACUCGAUCCACUGAGCAAACCAGCCAGGGCCAGAAAUCUUUAAGUAAGUCUAUUUAUAGGAAUUGGUGAAAGGAAAGUGUUUCAAUGGUAACAUUUGGUUCUUCUUGACCUUUUGCCCUAGUCCUUCCUUCCUUGUUCACAUAAGGAAGGAAGACAUAUACCUGUCUCCCAUAAGCACUUGUGCACACAUGCCCACAUUCUCUUUCUAGGUUACUAAGGGACAGAUAAAAUAGGCUGGAAAUGUAGCUCAGUUCCUGGUUGGCUACCUUCACUGCACUCCUCUUCCUUGCCUUUCUUCCCAUUGCACUACGUUUAAGAGCCGCAAGACUAGGUGACUAAAUCACCUUUUUUUUUAUCAGCUUUAUUGAGAUAUAAUUAAACACCACAAUGUUUGCUUGCCUGCUUAAAGUGUGCAAUUCCAUGUAAACCACUUUUCCUUUAAUGGCUCAUCAAGCAGCAGAAUACAUAUGCUUUCAUAUAAUCAAAGCUUUAAAUGAAUAUGUGAUAAGAGAUGGGGAAGAAAAAACGUUUCCGUGAUGUCACAGCUAUUUCGACUCUAAAGUGGUUUUAAGGAUUGGAGUAGAGUGGAAUAACAAAUUUACCUUUAAGGUAAAAUAUGUGAUUAUACUGUCUUUGAGACAAUAAGCCUUUUUAAUCCUUGCAUUUGCAAACUACUCUUACUGUGUUUAGGCCACAUAAAUUUGAAUAAUCCAUUGUAUACUUUAUCAGACCAUAGCAAAUUAAUUCUAAAAAGAAUGCCUUUAUUUCAGAACUUAAUGCUACAUCAAAUUUUACUCAGUGUGGAGGCAGAAAGAAAUGGCUGAAGGAAGUUGCAAUUCUAAUUGCCAAGCAAAUUAUAUUGUUUGUGUAAUUUAAUUUCCCAUUAAACAGACAGAAAAACAGUUAUACCUUAAUUUUAUUUAGCUAAAGAUUGAUGGGUAGUCAAUAAUUGUCCCUGCUUAUCAGGGUUUCUGAUACUGUAGAGGAGGAAAAACCCAGAAGGAUCUAAGAGUACAGCCCUAUAAUUGGCUAUCCAUCCUAUAAAAUUGAAGUCUCACUUUAUUUCAUGUGAAUUUUGCAUACCAUUAAUCGGACUCCUUAAAGCCAGGUCUCUUAAAGAUAUCAAACUCUAAACUGUAAAAGCAUUAAAUACUAAGGGAUUAAGAUUGUCUUCAUGUCUAAAACACAUUGGUAGAAAGUAGAGUAUAACAUUUGGUUUAUAAACGAGUGACAGUCUAUGAUGGUGUUUUUAUUAUUGAAAUGAGAAAAAUUAGGCUAAUGGAGCUUGUCUCCAAUUACAAAAUACAAAAAAAGUAUUGUGUUUUGCUAUAAGGUUGCCUGCUGCCCUUUAUCAACGAGCUCUCCUAUGUUUGGAGUAAGGAUGACAUACCUCAUUUCACUUAGCACUUCCAGAUUGCUCUCCAGAAUGGCUCUGUAAGGCAUGAGGGUGCCAUGUUUUCCUACACCCUUACCUCCACCUAAGUUAUCUGACUUUCACGUCCUGACAGAUCCAUUUGGCAAACAAGGGACUUUCCUUUUAAUUUGCAUUUCUCAGAAUAUUAAUCAAGUUGCACAUCUAUAUACUUGUUUAGCCAUUUGGGUUUUUUAUCCUGCCAAUUGCUCAUUGAUAUCUUUGCCCUGGUUUUCCAUUGAGUGUUCUAAAUUGUUCUUAUUGAUUCACAGGAAUUUCUUGUAUAUUCUACAUUAGGGGUUGACAGAUUACAGUCUGCAGGCCAAAUCCUGCUGUCCACCUAUUUUUGUAAAUACGGUUUUAUUAGAACACAGUCACAUCCAUUCAUCUAUGUUACAGAUGGCAAACACAAGGCCCGUGGGCCAAAUCCGGCCCUCCACCUUGUUUUAUCCACCUGGCACUUUGUUUCUGUUCGGCAGCAGCCCUGAGCUCUCCCUUCACUGUUAAGGAGCAAUUACAUGUAUACAGUCCUAAAGUUACAUCCGGCCCUUUGAAGGCAACCGCGAGCUGACAUGGCCCCCAGUGAAAAUGAGUUUGACACCCCUGAUCUAUGUGCCGUCUGUGACUGCUUUCAUUCUACAGUGGCAGAGCGAGCAGUUGUGACAGAGAACAUACAUUCCACAAAGCCUAAAAUAUUUACUAAUUAACUGUUUACAGAACAACCCUUGUUCUAAAUAUCUACCUCUUGUCCAUUUUACAUGUUGCAAGUAAGUUUUCCAAGUCCAUCUCCCAUCUACAAAUUGUAUUUAUGAGGGAGGUCCUUUGUUGAAUAAGGAUAUUUAGUUUGAUGUAGUCCAAUCCGUUUAUUUCUUGAUUCUUUGUGUUUUGUGGGUCUUAGUAAAAAAGUCCUACCCUGUCCCCAAAUCAUAAUACUAGUAUAUGCUUUGUUUCUAUUUGCUUUAGAAUUGUACCUUCACAAUUAAAUCUUUAAUUAUAGACUACAGGUGGGGCAAGAGUAGGUUUAUAUUUGUUUGUAUGUAAAAUAAUACAAUAACUAAUAAUGUAAGAAUAAGCUGUCAUGCAUACUUGCAACUAGAAACCAACUUUUUGCCCACCCUGUAAAUGGUGGGAGACAGAAAAUUCAAGUUUAUUUUUUUUGUGUGUGUAGCGUAAGCAAGUUCUUCAUAUGGUGCCUGGAAUGCUCUAGUUAUUAAGAACUGAAGUCACUUAUUUUCAGAUUUAUUUUUCUGUGUAGAGUAAUCAAGUUCAUAUGGUACCUGGAGUGCUCCAGUUAUUAUAUACUUAAGUGACUUAUUUUCACAAUGCAGAAUGAUGACAAAUUUGCCCUGACAUGUCAGUCUACACUGGUGUUGGAUCUGGCCUCCUUUUGGUAUGCCUUCUUGGCUUCCCAUACCUUAAAAUAAGGUUUUUAACAUGUUUAUUUUAAUUUGCAUUCUUUUUGUUAGAAAAGAAACUAAACUUUUUUAAAUGUGUUCUUUUGUAGAUUUUUUUAAAUCAGCAUCCUUCACCCAUACCUCACUGCAGUAAUAAUCGUCUUCAUACUACUCUUCAUUGUCCAGGACUCACAGUUUUACGAAGGGUUUCCAAACAUAUUUGUCCAUACCAUAGCUUCUUUUAGAGAUCCCUGCCUUUCAGACUUUAUUCCUAGCAUUAUUUUCUUCCCUUUCAACCAUUUUGUUUCCAUCUCUAAUAGCUUCUAAUUUUCUUCCUAGGCUUUGUGUAUCACCAGAAAUCUACAGUGGGAGGGAGGUAGCACUUUGCGAUCAAUGGGACGUUAACUUCUCCAGUUCAGGGCAUUCCUUUUCUGUUUCGGAAAUACCUAGGAAAAAGAGGUUGGUAAUCAGGAGUCUGCUUGGGAAGUAGAGACCUGAAACAGAAAGCUAUAGAUAAUGUGAUGUUUUGGCCUUUACAGGAAAACAAUUCUUACUGGAAAACUUUUAUUUUAGAAAGCAUGUUAAAGCAAAUUGUAGAUAAACUGGUAGCUGCUUUUUAAACUUGACAAUUAUUAUAAGCAUUUUCAAUGUUAUUAAUAUUCUAGUAUUAUUUUAAUGACUGGCAUUACAGUGUUAAAUUUGCCAAAUUUAAACAAACCCUAUUUCAAAUUCUGCAAUACUGUA